AAAGUAAUACAAAAAUAUUUUGAACGAAAAUGAAGUUCGUUCUUGCUAUUCUGUGCCUAUGUGUCACAGUAUUGGCGGAUUCAACACCAAAAUCCUUGGCGGACUGCAUACAAGCUGUCAUCGAUGCCGGUUAUUCGUAUCCCCAGCCGCAGGUGAAGUUCUCUAUAGCACCAGGUGAAACAACUCUCAAGGUCACGCCAUCCCUUUCGUCCUACUCGGAGAAUGGUAAACUACAGUAUGCCUCGGUAGGAUCUUCAUCAUCGUCAUAUGGAUCGUUAGCUGGUUUUUCUGGCUACUCUCGAGAUUCGGGACCGGCACAAAUUACAAAAUAUGUAGCUCCUAUCAAGAGUUCUGUAAUUCAACCUGCUGUCACUUACGCCAAGGGAGGUAGUAUAACAUAUGCGGAUAAAUCACCAGCUUCCAAGUAUGCUGCAGUUGUUCCAUCGGGUAUAGAAUUUAAAAAUCUCGUAACGCCCAUUAUAAAUACGAAGAAAACACCAUCAAAUACAUACCUACCUGCGGUCACAUCAAAGGUUGAAACCUAUCAAUCACCAGGAUAUACGUACAGUCACUCAACGCCAGCAAUCUCAAAGAGUGCCACCUACGUUUCCUCACAGCCUGAGGAUGGAGAGAAACUAUCCGGAGAGAUAUCGAAGACUGCAUUUAGUGCACCAGCUAAUACCAAAAUCCAAUCAUUCACCUCGCCCGGUAACAUGUACUCAAAAACAACACCCGUAUUUUCCAAAAUCGAAACUUAUUCAUCACCCGGCAAUUCCAAAUCUGGUAGCUUAGAAUCGAUAUUCUCUAGUGCUGUAUAUAAUCCAUUUGCAGGUCACAUCAGUUAUGCACCAAAAAUUUCCUACGGCGCACCAACAGAAACAAAAAUAUCCUCAAUUGGUACUGCGGGUCAUUCGCAUUCAUAUUCUGCCCAACCCAUAUUUGCUAAGGCUUUACCAGCAUCUCCUGCGGUCUAUUCAUAUGCGCCCGCCCUAUCAAAAUCUUAUUUGCCCAGUCUAGAGACAGCCUCCUAUUCAAAGUCCAGCUAUGGAGCGAUAUCGCACCAACACGUGUCCACACCAACCCACUAUGUAUCAACACCUAUCAAAGCUCCCACAUAUGCUGCACCAGCACCGUCGCACUACAUUUCAGCACCUCUUAAAGUGGCCAGUUUCUCUUCGGGUGGUGCUUACCAUUCAUCCGGUGGUGGUGUCUCACAUCAACACAUUUCCAAACCUACUGCCCAUAUAACUUCAUAUGUAGCACCUGUGGUGGCCAAAGUAGCUACCAUAUCAGCACCAGCCACUAUUACCAAAUAUGUCGGAGGAGGAAGUGGAGGAAGCUCCAUUCACUACGCUGCUGGAGGUAGCUCAUCGCAGCAUUAUGCCUCAAGUAGAGCCGGUGGAGCCAUUUUACAUCAAUAUGUCUCGAAGCCAGCUCAGGUAACAGCAUAUGCAGCAUCCCCAGCCGUUGCGAAAGUUGCCACAUAUGAUUUGUCACACCAGUUUGUUACCAAACCAUACGAGCCUGCCUAUAUAGCUCCAGCUGUCGCCAAAUCCUCAACAUUUUCUGCUCCAGCUGUGACAGUUUCCUCGGGAGAAUCGUACAAAUAUGCAUCUGGAGGAGCGGUUUCACACCAGUACACAUCAAAACCAUCGACCCAUAUCAUAGGAUAUACUGCAGCUCCUGCAGUGGCUAAAGUUGCAACAUAUACAGCUCCAGCUAUUGCCAAAGAGGUUUCCUAUUCGCCUCCUGCUUCAGUUCAUUUUAGCUCUUCGGGAGGCAGUUACACUCAUGGAGGCUCUGCCUCACAAUCAGGUGCCAUCUCACAUCAAUAUGUUUCAAAGCCCGCUGCUCACAUCACAGGAUAUUCAGCUCCAUCACAAUCUAAGAUCAGCACUUACACUGGUCCAGCGGUAACUAAAUAUGUCUCAGCACCGUCGAUAUCUAAGGUAGCAGCCUAUGCGUCACCUGCCACUAUAAUUGGAGGUCACUCUGUUGCAUCAGGAGGUGCGGUUUCCCAUCAGUAUGUCUCCAAACCAGCUGGAGCUGCAAUAGUACCAGCUAAAGCAAUUGCUAAAAUAGCUACAUACGAAUCGCCCGCAACAGCACCAGCACCUGCUUUUGUAAAAGUUGGAUCGUACUCCUCUGAUGUAAGUUCAUCUCAUUUUACCUCGGGAUCUGGUGCAGUUUCUCAUCAGUUUGUGUCCAAGCCCGCGGUUGUGGCUGCCCCCGUUGUAGCAAAGGUUGCCUAUCAAGCUCCUCCUGUAGUUAAAGUGGCUUCUUAUUCGGAUAGAGGUUCCUCGCAUUUUUCAUCUAGUGGUGGAGCCACUUCCCACCAAAUUAUUUCAAAACCCGGGUUGGUAGCUAAAGUUGCCUAUGCAGCCCCAGCGGCAGUUAAAAUUGCUUCUUAUUCGGAUGGUGAUUCAUCACAUUUCUCAUCCAGUGGGGGAACUGUUUCUCAUCAAUAUGUUUCUAAGCCAGCGCAAGUUCUGCAUGCUCCUGCAAAAGUGCUCACAUAUGCUGCACCAGCAGUUUUGAAAGUCGCUUCAUACUCCGAUGGAGGUUCAUCUCAUUACACAUCAGGCGACAGUUCGUUACAUUUCUCGUCCUCUGGUGGUGCUGUGUCUCAUCAGUAUGUUUCUAAGCCAGCUCAAGCUACCUUUGUCCAAGCGCCCGCCGUUGCCAAAAUAGCGUCUUAUGCCAUUCCAGCUCCAGCUCCUGCGCCUGUUCCAGUUAAGCUUGGCUCUCACUCAUCUGAUGGUAGUUCUGCCCACUUUGCUUCCGGAAGUGGUGCUUUAUCCCAUCAGUUGGUAUCACAACCAGCACCUGUCGUGUCUAAAGUAGCUUCAUAUGCCGUACCCGCAGCUGUAAAGGUUGCCUCUUAUGCAUCUGGAGGAAGUUCUGCGCAUUUCUCCUCAAGCGGCGGUGCAAUAUCACACCAAUUCGUUUCUAAACCUGCAGUUGCGCCAACUGCUGCCCUGGUUGCCACACCCACAAUAGCUAAGGUCCAAACAUAUGGAGCACCUGCUCUCGUUAAAGUUGACUCAUAUUCGUCAGGAGGAAGUUCAGGACAUUUCUCCUCCGGGAGCGGAGCAGUUUCUCAUCAAUACGUAUCGAAACCUGCCGUUUCAGUUACCCCAGCAGUCGUGGCGGCACCCGCUAUAGCAAAGAUUCCAUAUACCGUCCCAGCAGCUGUUAAUGUGGCAUCUUACUCCGAUGGUGGCUCAUUGCACUUUUCAUCUAGUGGAGGAGCUGUUUCCCACCAAUUCGUAUCAAAGCCCGCAGUAGUUGCGGCCCCCGCCAUAGCAAAGGUUUCCUAUGCCGCUCCAGCUGCUGUAAAAAUUACUUCCUAUUCGGAUGGUGGCUCUUCACAUUUCUCCUCAGGGGACGGAACUCUUUCCCAUCAAUACAUCUCCAAACCAGCUGCUCCAGUUAUAGAAAAGGCUACAUAUGAAGCCCCAGCCAUAGCAAAAGUACAUUCAUAUACCAGUGGUGGUGCUGUUUCACGUCAAUAUGUCUCGAAAUCAGCUCAAGCCACAAUAACCCAUGUCCCUGCAAUAAGCAAGGUAGCUACUUUAACAACGCCCGCAAUUGGUUCUUACCCCUCUGGUGGAAGUUCUGCUCAUUUCUCUGCUGGAAGAGGUGCGGUUUCCCAUCAAUACGUGUCUAAACCAGCAAUAACAGACGAUCCUGCCCCUGCUAUCAUUGAGGCUCCCGCUGUUGCUAAGGUGGCCUAUACAGCACCAGCUGUAAUCAGUUCUUCGCACUUUUCCUCCGAACGAGGCUCAACUCGCUACUCAUCUUCGGGCAGUGGUGCUGUAUCCCAUCAAUAUGUUUCCAAGCCCGCUGCUUAUGUAACCGCUUACGCAGCACCUGCUGUGGCAAAAAUUGCAACAAUAACGUCGCCAGCCGUAACGCAGUACGUUUCCGCUCCAACGGUAACUAAGGUUUCUAGCUUUUCUGGUGAAAGUUCGCAUCGCUUUUCCUCUACCGGCGGAGUCCCAGCCCAUCAAUAUGUUUCAAAGCCUGCUGUACAAGUGACGGGAUAUGCGGCCCCAGCCAUAGCUAAGGUUGCAACUUAUGCGGCGCCCAUAGUAACCCAAUACAGCUCUCAACCAGCGUUAACUAAAGUGGUCAGUUAUCAAGGAGGCGAAGGAAGAGCAAUUUCCCAUCAGCAUGUUUCAAAACCAGCAACGCUAUAUCAAGUCCCUGCGGUGGCUAAGAUUGCUACUUAUGCUGCACCUGCUACGACACACUACUCAGCACAGCCGGUUAUUGCAAAAGUGGCUACUUAUGAACAGCCCUCGAUCUCGGCGGUAAAAUAUCAAAGCAGUGGAGCGAUUUCCCAUCAGUAUGUCUCACAGCCAGCACAGAUAUAUGCGCCACCAAAAGUUUCGACUUAUGCAUCAGCAGCACCAGUUAUAUCUGCGUCAUAUUCGGGACUACACGGUCUUUCCACCGGAGCAGGAUCGUCCAAUCAAUUUCCAGCACAACCAACUGUAGUCAGUGCGCCAACCAAAUCAUUGUAUGCCGGAGUUUCUUAUGGUGGCCAAUAUGCAACAGGGGGUUCAGUUUCCCAUCAAUAUAUCUCACAACCGCGACCAGUUGCCUUAUAUAAAGUUCCAGCAGCCACUAAAAUUGUCUCGUAUUCUGCUCCAGCCCAAGCCCACUACGCCACUGGACCUGCAUAUGAUAAGGUUGCAACGAUAUCAUCUAGUUCCCAUUCAUCUGGAGCAGUCUCCCAUCAAUAUGUAUCUAAGCCAGCCUAUACUGGCCCCGUUCCGGCAAAACUGGCAAAAUAUGGUAUUCCUGCAGCAACACCAGCAUACAACCCACUGCUCAUUAGCGCCGAUCACGGAACUAGUUCUUACAAAAGCUUUUCAUCCGGAGCCAUAUCCCAUCAAUAUGUAUCGAAGCCAGCGGCAGCGUUAGAAAUCCCCGCAAUUGCAAAAACCGUAACAUAUUCAGGACCAUCUGUGGCACAUCUAUCAUCGGGUCCUGCCUUUGAAAAAGUUCUUACUCCAAGAGUAAACGGCAUAGGUGGCAGUCAAUACGAAUCCUAUGGGGCCGUAUCUCACCAGUAUGUCUCAAAACCUGCAUUCGGAGCAAAACUAGCAUCUCCAAUCAGUGGUGCUGCCUUACAUUUGGAUACAACUGCACCGCUUGUGACUUCUUCUCAUUCAGGUUAUAGCAAACUAACCACUCCUCCUUUACAUGACAGCUUACAUUUAUCAAAAUCCGCAACAUUUACUAGCCCCAUUGUGGUAAAGGGCUCCGACCACUUACCAACGGCACCUGGGCCAAAAGUGACCCUUUCACCUGGACAUGGUGCUGUUUCUCACCAAUUUGUUUCACAACCAGCAUUGGUAAAAGGCACACAUGGGGCUAUUGCAUCAUUUGUAACCAAACCAUUGUCGGGUCCUGGUAUAACAUUGGCAGCAGGGCAUGGCGCAGAUUAUAUAACGAAACCUCUACAUCCUUCGGCUUAUGGUCUCGCAGCUCUUCAUGGAUCGGCAUACCCAAUAGGAGGAGAUUUAGCUGGACCCCAUUCUGGCCAAGGAUACUAUGGAGCUGUUAGUUUGGGUCAUUUUGGCUCUUCACCUGCUUUAAGUUACUCAACCGUUUUGGGACAAGCUGCACAUGGUUUCGCGGGCCGUGCUGGACCAGUAUCCGCCCAUGGCGGUAGUCCCAAUUUCAUUGGCGGUAUACAUGGUGACUUUACACCCCUCAGUGGUUAUGAUCAUGGCAUUGGUGGUAUAGGUCCACAUGGAGCUGGAUUUUAUAGAUAUGCCCCCAUUGCACCUGCUUUAAGUUCGCAUACCCUCACGCCCGCAGCAUACUUGCGAACAGCACCGGCAAUCAAGCCAGCCAAGAUUAAAUUGAUGACUGACCGACAUCUAGAAUAUUUUAAUGAUCACCCCCGCUACGCUUUUGAAUAUGGUGUAAAUGAUCCCACAACCGGCGAUAUAAAACAUCAACGUGAAGAACGCGAUGGCGAUGUGGUCAGGGGUGAAUAUUCUCUGGUGGAACCGGAUGGCAAUGUACGCACGGUUAAAUACUAUGCUGAUUGGGAAACUGGUUUCCAUGCUGAAGUCAUCAAUAGUCGAGACUCUGCAAAGACUCUAACUAAACGUACUGCCACUAAAUCAUAAAUUAAGUAGUCACCUUCGAGGGCUGCGUUCCUGCUAUACGAUUUGUCAUACAAUACAAUACAAUGUGCCUUCACACGAUACAAUUUUUUCAGAUUGCAAAAAUCUGUACGAUAAAUCUUAUAGGUAAAGUCUAUAUGAUGGAUCGAUCGUUGGAUA